ACGGAGAGUGUUUCCUGUUCCAGCUACAAGCGGGGCUUUGUUCCCGUUUCGCUCGUGGUCUCGAGGUCCUCAUUAUUUCAUUUUUAAUUUAAUGAAAAGAUUCCUUUGUUUCUUAUAUCCGAUGUGCCAUCCAGCGUUUUCUACUGAUAUCGACUCGAUGUCGUCUCUGUUGACGUGCGACCGGGACAUCUGCGUUUGGAUGAACGGAGGCUAAACUGGAUUAUUUCAGUUUAAUGCGAUGAUUUUCUUACAACAUCAUCUUUUUCUGGGUGUUGUUUUCUUCAUUUUGCUCUGCAGCAGAACUACAGCUAUAAGGGUCAUUGGUCGGAGUACAACAGUUACAGUAGGACAAGACGCCACAUUGUUCUGUCAGCUGGUUGAGACAAGUGAGAAACUAACACGGAUUACGUGGCAAAAAAGGACGCGACAAAUCCUCAGAAAUAAGAACUUUUUCUUCAUUACCCCAGAGGGCAAAACAGAAAGUGUAAAUGGAUUAGGAGACAGAACUAAAUUUAUUGGUGACAUUCAAGAACUGACUGGCACAAUUCUUCUAAAGAACACUGCAUUAUUAGAUGAAGGAGUCUACACUUGCAUCUUCAACAUAUUUCCAAGUGGACCAUUUGAAACAGAAAUAAAGCUCAACAUACAAGUUCCUCCUGUUGUUGGUGUGACCACUGAAGUGAUUCCUGUUGUUGGUGAGUCUGAAGUGAUCUUAGCAACCUGCACUGCUACUAAAUCACGGCCUGCUGCAGAUGUUUCCUGGAGGCUGGGGGAUCUGAGUGACUCUGUAAAAGUACAGACUAAUGUUUCUGCUGACCCUGAUGGGUCCUUCACUGUCAAAAGCUUCCUGAUUGGUGCAGCAUCCAAAGAUCUAAACCAGCAGAAGGUUCAGUGCUCAGUGAACCACACCAGCCUGAAUAAGGAGCUGAUACUAGACUACGCUCUAAUCAUCCAUUAUCCUCCUCAGGUUGUGUCUAUUAUUUCAGUCAAUGUUCCAACAGCAUCUCAAGAAUUUCAGUGUGUAGUUGAUGCCAAUCCACAACCAACAUUCACCUGGAGCAGGGUAAACAAGACUCUUUCCAGCCCUGUUAAUGCUGACAGGCUGAUAAUCCCACUGACCUCUGAUAAUAAUGGCUUGUAUCUCUGUAAUGUUUCAAACCAGUAUGGAAAUGGCAUAGGUACCCUUUAUGUGAAUGUUUCCACAGAAUCCACCGCUGUCUGUUGGGUUUUGUUCACUUUUCUCCUCCUUGGCUUUAUUGCUUCUUGUUUAAUUGGAUGGAAAUUUAACGUAUUUGAGAGAUUGAGAACAUUUCUUUCAGAACUGAGAAACAGAAUUGGGCGUCCUGGGCAUGAUCCUGUGUCUACAGGUGGUUCCAUGUCACCCUCAAGCAGUAGAAGCCAAAACCGCAGAGAGAGCAGUGAAAGCCAAUAAGACUGUGGGAGCCUGUCCAACUUUAAUAACCUGGAGCUGGAACAGGAACUGCAGCGGAAGAGGAGAGAAAGAAGAACUGGUGACAAGAUUGAUCUCACAUUCACUAGGCAUGGGGUCACCAACACUGGGAAUUCACUGUUCAGCCGUCAUUAUUCCCAUUUUCUUCCUCUCCGGUGGGAUCCUACCUUGUCGUGGUGGAGAGGCUUUUACCUCUUUUUGUUUUGAGGAAACAAAAUGGUCCCAUAUAUUUUACUGUGCGAAUACAUUUACCAUACAUUUUCACCAUUGCAACUGUCUAUGGCCCAAAUACGGAUAACCCCACAUUCUUCCAUGACUUCUUCACACAGGUUUUCAACAUAUCUAAUUCCUCAGUAAUAAUAGGCGGCGAUUUUAAUACAGUUCUAGACUCAUCCUUGGAUAGAUCAGCCCAUACUUACAUUACACGUUGUUGGAACUCCACUGAAACAAUAAAACAGUUCAUGCACGAUUUUGGUCUUGGCGAUGGAUGGUGACUAAGAUAUCCUAAUACCAAAGAAUUCACCUUCCAUUCUUCAGCACAUAAUUCUUUCUCACGCAUCGACUAUUUUCUAAUUACCAACUCUUCGAUGUCAAACAUCUCACAUACACAAAUUCACCCUAUCACAGUCAGUGACCAUGCCCCCGUCUCAAUCAUAUGAAAUGGGAACCAACGACUCACAACAACCUUUACAUGGCGCUUUCACACAUCAUUACUCAACAAUUAGGAAUUCAGUAACUAUAUCAAAAGAGAGUGGGCGUCCUUUCUAGAAAUAAAUGAUUCUCCAGAAAUUUCAUCAUCACUGUUAUGGGAGACGGGCAAAGCAGUAUUAAGAGGAAAAAUAACAUCAUAUGCUACUUACAAGAAAAAGAAAGAAACAGAAAAUGAAGUAAAUCUAGAAUCAAAAAUUAAAGAAUUGGAGAACAUGAUCAUCAACUACCCAUCUGAAGACAAACAAAAUAUGUUAAGAGAACUUAAAUAUGAGCUUAAUGAAUUGACAAAUAAGAAAACCAAAUUCCUGAUACAAAGACUCAGUUAUGAUAUGUUUUGUCCUGUGUACAUUUUUCUCCUGAAUACCACUGGAUCCUCGGAGUUCCUAAUAUGGGCAUAACGAGGACUACAGAAUGACGCACGACUACAGUCUACAGUGGUCUAUUCUAUAAUGCCCUAAAUCACAUGCCUAACAACAAAGCUCCCGGCCCGGAUGGAUUCCCUGCCGAGUUUUAUAAACAUUUCUGGUCAACCCUAGCCCCACUUUUUCACAGAAUGAUAUCAGAAAUUAAACAAAACAUGAUAUUACCAGCUAACAUUUAUACUGCAACCCUCUCCCUUAACCUCAAACCAAAUAAAGACCAUAUUCUACCCUCUUGCCAUAGACCACUAUCACUCAUGAAUUCAGACACAAAAAUUUUAAGUAAAGCACUAGCCAACAGAAUCAAAACAGUAAUCCAUGAUUUGAUACAUCUUGAUCAAACAGGCUUCAUCAAAGGCUGUCAUUCAACUACCAAUAUGCGCAGAAUGUAAAAUCUAAUUGACUACACCUCUCACCAAAAAUACCAACAGCAAUUAUAACACUGGAUGCCGAAAAACUUUUGAUAGAGUAAACUGGAAAUUCCUAUUUACCAUACUACAUAAGAUGGGAUUUGGAGAAUCAUUUAUUAAAUGGAUCCUCACCCAAAGCCACAGUCAAUACUAACGGGGUAAUAUCACAACCUAUCACACUGCACCGAGGUCAUAGACAAGGAUGCUCACUCUCUCCAUACCUUUUCUCUAUCUUUAUCGAACCACUAUCAGCCACAAUACGUCAAAACAUAAAUAUAAAAGGGAUACAAACAUCUAACAUGGAACACAAAAUUAGCCUGUAUGCUGAUGAUAUCUUGCUUUUCUUACAAAACCCAAUCACAUCAAUAACAGAAACUAUUCAAACUAUCGAAACUUAUUCAACAAUCUCAGAAUAUUCCAUCAGUUGGUCAAAAUCCACAAUCCUUCCACUAAAUAUGAAUAAGCUUAAUGGUAAAAUUAAAGCACUACCCAUCCCUGUAUGCACUAAUUACAUCACAUAUCUGGGUAUUAACAUUUCCCCCAAGCUGUCAGAGUUGUUUAAACUUAACUUUAAUCCAUUAACCAAAACAAUAACCAAUGACCUUCAACGCUGGACAAACCUUCCCUUCUCCCUUCUCGGUAGAAUAGCUGCAAUCAAAAUGACAGUAUUACCUAAAAUAAUCUAUCUAUUUUCAAUCCCUACCUGUUUGGUUCAAAUCUUUGGAAACUGCAAUAACCAGAUUUUAUUGGAAAAAUAUACCACCCAGAAUUAAACUCUCCACACUACAAAACUUAAAGUCUCACGGCAGCCUAGAAGCCCCAAACUUCUUCCACUAUUUCCUUGUAUCCAAUACAUACUAAAAUGGAAAAAACCCAACAUAACAGACAGAUCAUGGAUCGAUGUAGAACAGGCAUUAUGCAAAGAACCAAAUAUCCGAUUUACCAUUUAUCAGUCAGUCAAUUAAAAAACAUCCAUGUUUUAACAAUAUAACAGUGGCAACAACUCUGACAGCUUGGUGGUCACUUCACAAGAUAACAAAUUCAGUCUUCACACCAACUAUCUACACUGCCAUCUGGUAUAACCAAGACUUUAUCAUCAAUAAAAAAACAUUAAACGUCUCCACCUGGAUGGAAAAAGGCAUCACACAUCCUAAACAUCUUUAUCGCAAUGAUAUCUUUGUCACUCUCACAAGUAAUCCAGAAAUAUGGCAUCAGGAGCACUCAGUUUGUACAAUACCAACAACUAAGAUCAUGUCCAAAAAAUCAACUCAAAAACACUAGACUUACCGAUUCCAAUCUCAGAAUUUAUUAACAUCACCACUACUAAAAACUACCAUCCAAAAUAUAUCAAAUAAUAGCUAAAUCAGACCUCACAAUUACUAUACCAAUCAGACAAUGGGUGGAAGACUUAUCACUCGCUCCUGAUGCAGAUUUCUGGAUUCAGACAUGCAAUAAUAAUCACCAAAUGAUCAAGAGCACCAACCUACAGCUUAAUCAGUAUAAAAUCAUCCACAGAGUGCACUACACCACACACAAAAUGUUUAAAAUGGGAUUCACAAACACAGCAAUCUGUACACCAUGCAACCAGAACACAAAUGACCGCUAUAUCCAUCAUCUCCUAUCCCAUGCCUUUGUCAGCCACAUCCAACCAUCACCAUCACUCUGCCUGCGAGGAGACAUAUCAACAACCAAUAUGACAAAAGAAAAUAAUAGAAUGCUUUUCAUAGCGCUAACCAUCGCCAAGAAAACCAUGCUCAUGAACUGGAAUACAAAACAUAACAUUAGCAUUAACUACUGGAAAAACCAAUUAAUGGAUUAUAUAUCAAUGGAAAAACGCUCAGAAUCCAUCAAUAUCAAAAACAAAUAUAGCCGCAAGCGGCAAUGAGCGGGUCCAAGCACGCAUAAGCCCAAGAAGCUCUUAUGCACUUUGAGCCUAAUAGGCCUAAUAAGGCCUAACGCACUUUGGGCCUUCGAGACAGAGAGGCCGAAAAGAAAUCAGAGUUUAUCAACAGGCCUUCAUUUGUCAUGAACUAGGAGCAGGGUGCUUUAAACCUAAUAUAUGUUUAUAUUUCAAUUUACUACAAUUUUAAAGGUUUGAAAGAAUACAUGAGUAAUGGUAACAUUUCUGACUUUGUGUUUGCAAAGUAUUUAGUUUCUCCAUGUUAAAGGCUUUGAUAAGCAGGACACAAACAGACCCAAUGGACCCAUAAGGGCCCUUUAAGCAUAAAGGACCUCAGUGAAAGUGGGUCAAAAUUGGUCCAAAGGUCUUCAAAUGUUAUGAAAAUCGAUCAUGGACCUUUGUCAAAGAAGUUCACAGAGUUUUGUUCAGAUUGACCUUUUGACCUUGGUAUAAUAAGCUGUAGUCUUUAAAUGAAUAAUUCAAAAUACCAGAGAAGGAGUACAAUUUAUGACAUAACAUGUAAUUACAAAGUUAUUCAGAACAGUGAACUGAAUCAAAAUCUCGAAUCCCGUUGUAAAAACCUUACUGACGUAAGACGACCACAGUUGUUGUCGUAAAAAGUGGGCUCUGCUUCUGUCCCCAGGAAGUGUCAUAAAAUGCUGUUAUUGUUCAAACCACAAGAACAAUAUGGAGGUGGCUUCUUAAAUCCUUCAGCAUUAACAAUUAAAAAAAAGGAAAAUAAACAGAAAAGUAGAAAAUCACAGUAAAACAGUUGCCAGCACAGCGUAGGUUCAACAGUGUCUAGGUUAGAAAAAAAUAAACUCUAAGCUUUUGAGGUCUUUUGAGGUUCUGUGGAAUAGGACAGCUGGGAGGUUUUUAACAAUCCUGGUUACCAUGAUGACCCUCUUGCUUUGAUAACAAGCUUGCUUUGAAUACCAGCUUUUGUGAGAAAUGUCCUUAUUGUUUUUUAUUUUGUAAAUAAUUGGUAUCUGCUCUGAAAGUUGCGUAGUGUGGAAACGCUUCUGACCCUGAGGGUGUUGCAUGCUGAUUUAGAAACUCAUGACUAGCAACUCAUGAUUCCUCAAUCCAAUAGAUUUCAACAGUCUGUCUGUGUUGAGACACAAGAGCAGUUUGUCACACCAGAAUUUUAGCCAUGGGGUCAUUGAGAGUCUUUAAUAAGCCUAGUGCUGGAUAACAUGAAUACAUAUUACUAGGUAACUUUAGCUUACUACACCUACUAUACACCAGACAGCCAGAAUAACAUAAAAACAAAAGACAAAAAUAUAGUCUGAUUAAAUAAGAA